AUGAAACUGUAAACAUAUGUACACAUAAAGCCUUAAUAGAGAACUUAAUCUAUAAUUCAGAAGUUAGAAUAGGAUAUUAAAAAUUUAGAGAAAAUAAAGCAAAGAAAUGCAAUAAGAGUUGAAAGACUGUUAUCAAUUAAUCUUAAGGAUUUAGGAUAUGUGUGCAAUUAUAGUAUGACAAUUGAAAACAAGGUUUAAAGUCGUCGAUGUUUUCGAAGCCGGAAAAAAGAUCUACAACUUAAACUGGAUUCAAAUGAAGAUUACUUCAAGUAUCGAAAUGAAUCUACACUGUCUCCAAAUAAGAAUUAUUGGUAAAUACAAUUGAAAAUAUGAAUAGGGCAAAACUUGCAUAUAGAUAAAGUCAUUUAGGUAGUGAUAGAUAACAUAGAGUCAUUUGA